GCCAAUUCAAAGUCUCAAUUUCGCACACUUUUUUAUUAUAGAAUGGCGGGUGGCGGCAAAAAGAAGCAGCAGCAAAAGGCAGCCGAUCCUGCUCCAGCGACAGCCAAGCCUGGCAAGGGGAAGCAGAAGGGCAAGGUUGCUGACGAGCCAGCAGCAGCUCAGCCCGAGAAGCCGAACCCGAACAAGCUGCUUUUUGGCAACUGGACAGGCAAAACGCCUGUAACUCUGCUCAACGAAUUUGUGCAGAAGAGCAAAUGGCAGCGGCCCGACUACAAUAUGCACGGCGGGCCCUCCAAGGGUUUCAGCUGCACGAUCCGGCUAACAAAAAUCGAAAAGAACCAGCCGAUCAUGGCCCGGCACAUGGCAGCCACCUAUGCAUUGCACCGCCUACGCUCCAACACCAACAUGCACCGGAUGCUGCCGCCGAUGCACCGCGAAUACUGGACGGACCUCGACAAGGGCAGCUGGAAGUACUCGGACGAUCCGUUCACGGUCAAGGUGCUGAGAGAGAAGGAGAGGGACGAGCAGCAGGAGCGGAGGGAGAAGGAGAGGGAACGGAGGGAGCGAGCGGAGAGACAGGGGCUGAGCGAGGAAUUGCUGAAGCCGUUUGCGCGCCGCCGAUGGGACGACAUGGCCGAGGUACAGAUGAGCCAGACGAACCGAGAUCUGGCAGAAUCAGUUAUCCGCACGUGGUCCGAGGCAUGGAACCUCGGGAAGGCGCAGCCGGUCAAGCCAACCCCCACUGCUAGCAAGGACUCCUCGAUUGAAAAGUCGCUGGUCCUGUCUGGGUUCCGUGCCGCCCACGUCAAGGAGGCGUUGCAAUACACGCACUCCAAGCACGAGGCGCUCGACUGGCUAUGCGUACACUUUAUGCAGCGUGCGUACCGCUCCUCUCUGGUGCUCGUAUCCAACAACGACAACGACGACCAGCAGAGGCUCGCCCGCCAGCUUGCAGGCAAGCGCCUGGCCCGAUCAGGCUUCCCGACGACCAUCUGCAUGCAGACCCUCAGCAGCAUAGCUUCGGUGGAUCUAGCGGCCUAUGGAAAGCAUGGCGGCGACAGAGCUCUGGCAUUGGAGAAGAGCGAGGAGACGUACGAGUCGAUCGAAUACGAGUUUGAGGGCAUCGAGGCCAUCUACCCAGGCGAGCGCCGCGUGAAGCAGCCGAGUGAAUUCCAGGUCAGCGUGGCGGUACGUCCGCAGCCGCGCAGGCUGUGUCCGGAAGACACCAGGCUGGAGUUUUGGUUCCCGCCCGGGAUCCGGUAUCCGGAGCAGUUCCCUGCGAUUACGGUUUCGAGCGACUCGCUGCCGAGCUACCUGAAGCUGCACAUUGCAAAGAAACUCAAUGGGCUGGUCAGUCACGACGCAAUGCCGGUGAUUUACGAGGCAGUGAGCGUGGCAGAGGCGCAGAUCGAGGAGUGGCUGGCCAACCCGCCGGCCCUGGUCGGUCUGAUGCGUGGCAUCGUCGACGGCGGGUCUGCCACAGCCAGCAGCAACACCUCGGAUGCAGAUGGCGUCCAGGCGGUCGUAAAGAAGAAGCGGCAUGUGAAGCGGCACAAGCAGACUGCAAAGGACACUGAGCAUCUCUUAACCCCAGCGUACUGCAAAAUGCAGACAGUGCGUGAGUCUCUGCCUGCAUGGAGCUUCCGUGCCAAGAUCAGUGAUCUUGUCGAGUCCCACCGCUGCACAGGCUGUGGAAAGUCCACUCAGGUACCGCAGUUUCUCCUGGACCAGGCGCUACAGACUGGCAAGCCGAUCAACAUUAUCUGCACGCAGCCGCGGCGGAUCAGCGCCAUCGGCGUAGCAUCUCGCGUGGCCGAAGAGCGAGCCGAGGAUAUCUCGGAGAACUCUGGCACAGUCGGCUAUGCUGUGCGUGGCGAGUCCAGGCAGAACCGCAACACGCGGCUCCUGUUCUGCACCACUGGUACCUUUCCAGGCGUCACUCACAUUGUAUGCGAUGAGGUGCAUGAGCGGUCGGUCGACUCGGAUCUCCUUCUGGUGUUGCUGAAGCAGUGCUUGGAGCGCAACAAGCAUCUGCGGGUAGUUCUGAUGAGUGCGACGGCAGAGUGCGAGCUGUUUGGUGGGUAUUUCGGGAACCGAACGCCGAUUGUGGAGAUCCCUGGCCGCACGUUCCCGGUUGAUGACGUGUAUGUCGAGGACUUUGUCAGGAGCCACCAUGACCCAAGCACCGGCCAGGACAGGACACGGUACGAGAACAUGCAAAGGAAGGCAGCGGAAACAUCGGACGAGAAGGCGGCAAAGGAGGCCCAGAAAUGGCUGAACCACGCAGACCACUACGCGUCGUGGAUGGUCGGCUGGGACUCCAAGUUCGGGCUCGCCCACAGCGCUACGCAGAUCGACUACUCGCUGGUGCUGGCCAUUGCGCAGCACAUCCACAAAACGUCCGACCCGACCAAGGCUGUGCUGGUCUUCAUGCCGGGCGUGCAGGAAAUCUCCAAGACCAUCGACGCCCUGAGCGCCCUGCCGAACACCACGCUGCUGCCCCUGCAUGCUGGGCUUGGGCCCGCCGAGCAAAGGCGCGUGUUCCGCAGGCCCCCGUCGGGGUCGCGCAAGAUCGUGGUGUCGACCAAUGUGGCCGAGACCAGCAUCACCAUCGACGACAUCGGCUUUGUGGUGGAUUCCGGCCGCGUGCGUGAAAUCCAGUACGACGCCGAGUCGCGCAUCGCCCGGCUCGCCACGGUCUUCUGCUCGCAGGCCGCCUCGACGCAGCGCCGCGGCCGUGCGGGCCGCAACCAGCGCGGAACCUGCUAUAAGCUCGCGUCAUGGCCUGAGUACACCAAGCCGGAGAUCCAGCGCACGCCGCUCGAGCAGGUGUGCCUGCAGGCAAAGACCCUGGGCCACGCCGACUCGCAGAAAUUCCUGGACUGCGCCAUUUCGCCGCCCGACAGGCCUGGUCCUGUCGUCAACGGCGCGCUGACGGCGCUGGGAAGGUACCUGGGCAGCAUCCCGGCGGACCUGCGGCUGGCAAAGAUGCUUGUGUACGGCGCGGUGUUUGGUAUUCUCGACCAGAUGCUCGUCAUUGUGUCGCUGAUGGCUAGCGACAAGCCGCUGUUCAGUGCCCCGCACGAGAAGCGCGCGCUGGCGAGGGAGAAGCGCAUGGCAUUUGCCACUGGCCAUAGCGACUGGCUGGCAGACGUAGCCGCCUUUGAAAGGUGCUCGAAGGACGGCCGUCGGGCCUGCGCUGACAACUUUGUCUCGUUCACGACCAUGCGCGACGUCAGGUCCAAUAUCCGCAUGCUGCGCGAUGCUAUCCGCGACACCGGUCUGAUUGAAGCCGCCGAAGCUGCCACGCCGCGGUCUGAUGCCGAGACCCAGAUGCUCGUCAAGGCCAUCGUGUUUGCCGGCCUGUCUACAAACACCGUGCGUGUGCGUCUGCCGCAGCAAAAGUAUCAGGAAAUGAUCGCCGGUACCGUCAGCGUCGAGCACGAGGCGCGCCAGGUCUCCUUCCACCUGGUCGAUACGCUGAACGCAACCGAAACUGACUGGCAACGCUACGAUAUGCGGAAAGAUACCCGCGUCUUUAUCCAUCCGCAGUCGACGCUAUUUGCGGAGAACUCGUAUCCGGUACCGUUCUUGACGUACUUUUCGCAGUCCUCCAACAACCCACAAAAGGUGUAUCUGCGCGAUGUCACCAUGCCUGGGCUCUACGCCCUGCUCAUGUUUGGGCCCGAUCUGGUCGUCGACCACGAGAACAAGGUCAUUGUAGUGGGAUGCGGCGGCAUAUCAGUGCGGGCGUGGCCACGCAUUGCUGUGCUGGUCAACCACCUGAAGAUGCUGCUUGACCAAUUGCUCGGCCGCAAGCUGGACGACCCGGCCAUGGAGAUCAGACACCACCCAGUCGUUACCACUAUCCUGAGGCUGAUCGCGACUGAUGGUGUGUGAGGUCUGCUCUGAAAAAUCCACGAUAUGUCAGUUGGUUAAUGAGACUUGAAUUAACGGUUGAAAUAGAAGAAAUGAUACUACAG